UUUGUGACCAGGAGAAAAGGACUUUGGAAACAAUUGGUUUAAAAUAAAAUCCUGCAUUCACUGCUAUCUAGAAAAUGUCUUAUGGAUCCAUUGAUGGGAGUGCAUUUGGAAGCAGGAACCCAUUUGGAGGCCCUUCAAGACAAGGCUAUCAACCUCUUGCCACCCAGAUUGAUCCCAGUGAACUACAGGAGCUUUUUCAGGAGACUUCAGCCAAUGUCUUCCGAAUUAACUCCAAUGUGACCUCCUUGGAAAGAAGCCUUAGAUCUCUGGGGACCUCAAAUGAUACUCAAGAGCUACAGGAUGGACUGCAUGCAACCCAGCAAGAGACUAAUAAAACCAUCACGACUAGCACCAAAGCGAUCAAGCAGCUGUCUGAGGUUGUCAGAGGCUCAUCCAGGCAAGAGCGACUGCAGCUGGACAGGUUGAAGAACCAGCUGUCUGAUGCCAUCCAGCGGUACGGGGCUGUGCAGAAGAAAAUAGCAGAGAAAUCCAAAGCUUUACUUCCUACUGGGCAAAGAAGUAGCAAACAGCAGAGUCCUAGGACCCCAUUCUCUGACCUACCUGAUGAUGAGAAGAUCUUUAAUGGAGGAGAUGGCACAUGGCAAAAUCAGAGCCAGGAUCAAGCCUUGCUCUCAGAAAUCACAGAAGAGGAUCUGGAGGCCAUCCGUCAGCGGGAAGAGGCCAUUCAGCAGAUUGAGAGUGACAUGCUGGAUGUGAACCAGAUCAUUAAAGACCUGGCCUCCAUGGUGCAUGAGCAAGGAGACACAAUAGACAGUAUUGAAGCCAACAUUGAGACUGCAUCUUCUAAUGUAGAAUCAGCCAAUGAGCAGUUGGCAAAAGCGAGCCAGCAUCAACAACGUGCCAGGAAGAGGAAGUGCUGCCUUCUCUCUGUCGCUUUGACUGUCCUGCUAUUUGUUGUCAUAAUCAUCGCUGUCUCAGUCAAACACUGAUCUGGACACAGUUUCCACAGAGCCACUGAUCACCCCAGGAAGUGGAAGGCAUUCUCAAGGCAUUUCACAUCUAUGUCCUACAUCAGCGUCUGCUUUACUGAUUAUGUUGUAUUAGAAUUGCUAUAACCAAUAAACACUGUAAUUGUAUGAAAGAAAAGCUAAGUUUUAUACCAUGUAUUAGUAUAAUUAUGAAUGUUUCCUUCGUUAAAAACACACCCUCUAUUUGACCUUGCAUUAUGUAUUUCAGUUGUACUUUUGUUUGUCUAAGGAUUUUUUUACCUUUCAAACUUGAUAUUUAGGGUUCUAUAAGAUAAGCAGAUGUUAAUUUAUCUUUAUUGUUUGUGUUUUUAACAUUUCUUCUUUUGUGCAUUUUAAACAACAUAAAUCAAACUGUUCUGUUUAAUUCACUUCAGCUCUUUUUCUGGUAAGUUUUAAACAUCAUCUAGCUCAUAUUGUCGUACUGUGCACUGCCGCUUUAAAAUUAGCACUGCCAUAUCAGAAUUAAGCCAUUUCAUAAUUACAUAUGCCAUCUGCAAACAGAUAAAUUA